UCUAAAAUCUAUCUCCCUCAAUCCUUAUAUAUAUAUAUAUAUAUAUAUAUAUAUUCAUGAAAGGGCCUCUCAUGCUUGUAUUCAUGCAGGAAUUUUACUUAUGGCUGACGAUACCUUGCAGAGAAUCUUCUUCGCCGUCAUCGAGCAUACUUUCGUAAUUAUAGUCUUUGCCGCUUUGCUUUGGCAACUUUGCCGUUACAUUUUGGACCGGCGGCGCCGCUACCGCAGCAGUUCCCCUUCCGAUGACGACGACGACAUUCCCUCUGGUCUUCCUCUCUUCCACAACACUCCUCUUGACCCUUCGCUUUUCAAGUUCCUUCCCAGCUUCACCUACUCCUCCUCCUCCACCACCGCCGAUGCAGACGAGAGCAGUGGCUCUCCUCUGGAGUGCGCCAUCUGCUUGAUCGAGUUCAAGGAUCACCACAGAGGGCGAGUGCUUCCAAACUGCGACCACAUCUUUCACCUCUAUUGCAUAGAUAGGUGGCUCGGAUCACACUCGACUUGCCCAUUGUGCCGAAGGCUCGUCGAUCCGCCGAGAAUCAAGUCAGAGCAUGAGAAUAAUGAAGCGUCUGGUGGAGAAGAAUGUCAGUUAGAGGACGCGUCGAAUGUAAACCUUCCUCCGCCGAUUAGGUGCCCGAAAAAGACGAUAGAAUUGGGAGGAGUAAUUCUAGAGAUUCCUGACGAAGACCCUCGCCGAAGGUAGAUCACGUCGUCGCGUG